CGAGGGUUUUUUAGGGCAAAAACUACUUUUAUUCUUCACUUCACUACUGACCGAUCUCACUGUGAUUUCCAUUUCAUAUGUCGAUCUGAGAGCGACAGUGUUAGAUAUUGAUAAAAAUGGCGUUAGCAUUUGAUGAAUAUGGCCGGCCGUUCAUCAUAUUAAGGGAACAAGAAAGUAAGAGCAGGUUAAGGGGUUUAGAUGCUCAGAAGGCCAAUAUUUCCGCCGGCGUAGCCGUUGCUCGCAUCCUCCGCACGUCACUUGGUCCUAAAGGCAUGGAUAAGAUGCUCCAGAGCCCCGAUGGCGACAUUACUAUAACCAAUGAUGGGGCAACAAUCUUGGAGCAGAUGGAUGUUGACAAUCAAAUUGGAAAACUGAUGGUUGAGCUAUCACGGAGUCAAGAUUAUGAGAUUGGCGAUGGGACAACUGGAGUUGUUGUUAUGGCUGGUGCGCUUUUAGAACAGGCUGAGCGGCUAUUAGAACGUGGUAUUCAUCCCAUUCGUGUUGCAGAAGGCUUUGAAAUAUCUUCGAGGAUUGCUGUUGCUCAUUUGGAACAAAUAGCACAUAAAUUUGUGUUCAGUGCCACAGAUACAGAACAAUUGGUUCAAACGUGUAUGACUACCUUAUCAUCUAAGAUUGUGAAACGAUGCAAGCGCAGUUUGGCUGAGAUUGCUGUAAAGGCAGUCAUGGCUGUGGCUGACUUAGAGAGGAAGGAUGUUAACUUAGACCUCAUUAAGGUGGAGGGGAAAGUAGGUGGGAGACUGGAGGAUACAGAGCUUAUUCAUGGAAUUCUUGUUGACAAAGAUAUGAGUCAUCCACAGAUGCCAAAGCAAAUAGAAGAUGCCAAAAUUGCCAUCUUGACUUGCCCGUUUGAGCCUCCAAAGCCAAAGACCAAGCAUAAGGUUGACAUUGAUACAGUUGAGAAGUUCCAAACUUUACGUCUGCAAGAGCAGAAGUAUUUUGAUGACAUGGUUCAGAAAUGCAAGGAUGUUGGUGCCACAUUAGUUAUUUGCCAGUGGGGCUUUGAUGAUGAAGCAAAUCACUUAUUAAUGCACAGAAACUUGCCUGCUGUGAGAUGGGUUGGUGGUGUAGAACUGGAGCUUAUAGCAAUAGCUACUGGUGGUAGAAUUGUUCCCAGGUUCCAGGAGUUGACACCUGAAAAGCUAGGCAAGGCUGGUCUGGUUAGAGAAAAAGCAUUUGGUACAACAAAAGACAGGAUGCUUUAUAUCGAGCAUUGUGCAAACUCAAGGGCUGUAACCAUAUUUAUUCGCGGGGGUAACAAGAUGAUGAUAGAGGAGACCAAGCGCAGCAUCCAUGAUGCAUUAUGUGUUGCAAGAAACCUCAUUCGCAAUAAUUCCAUUGUAUAUGGUGGUGGUGCGGCAGAAAUUUCAUGUUCAAUUGCAAUCGAAGCAGCUGCAGAUAAAUAUCCAGGAGUUGAGCAGUAUGCUAUCAGGGCUUUCGCAGAUGCUUUGGAUUCCGUCCCCAUGGCUCUAGCGGAAAACAGUGGUCUGCAACCCAUCGAAACACUCUCUGCAGUGAAAUCGCAACAAAUUAAGGACAACAAUCCUUGCUGUGGUAUAGACUGCAAUGACAUUGGCACAAACGACAUGCGUGAACAAAAUGUAUUUGAAACCUUGAUCGGGAAGCAACAGCAGAUGUUGCUUGCCACACAAGUCGUAAAAAUGAUCUUGAAGAUCGAUGAUGUGAUCUCCCCAUCUGAAUAUUGAUGCCAAGGUACCUGAAUUUUUGCUCUGAUGUACAACAAUGCCACAUUGUAGUGCGUCUAAAAACAGUUCUUUUCUAAUUCAGUGCUGGAAAACCCCUUCAGGUAUCAGGGUUGCUGUACACACUCUUUUUGCAGUGAUUUUGUGGGUUUUCGGCUACUUUCAUGCUUUUCUUUGAUUCUUGUAAUUUACGGAUUGGUCUAAUGGUAACGAACUAGUCUUUAUAACCUUUGAUUAUGGGUUCGAGCGAGUUGAUGGGAUGGACCAUAAUGUUGUC